AUGGCCACGGAGACCAUCCCCCCAGCCGUGGGCGGAUCGCCAAAGCUGGAAGAGCAAGAAAAGUCCCGGCGUGAAGAAGCACCCCUGAAAAGAAAAGCAUCACUUGCUGACGACGAUGACUCGUCCUACACCAAGCGCCAGCGACAAGACGACGACCGCUCGCCGCCACGUCGCAGAACGUCUAUCCAAUCGACGGCCCAAGACCGAAGGGCAUCCGCCACACAGGAGGAAAAGAAGCGCGGGAAGCGGUUAUUCGGCGGUCUCCUGAGCACACUCAGCCAGACGAGCACCAACUCGCAGCACAAACGACGGCAAGAGAUCGAACGGAGACAGCAGGAACGCAUGCAGAAGCAGAGAGACGAGGACGACAAGAAACGUGCGGACAAGGUGGCAAGGAUAAAGGAGACUAGGAUCGUGGAACAGAUUGAUUUCGAGGAGGAGGUGUAUUAUCUGCCGUGGAAAACAACGGCAGACCAGGAAGACGUCAUUGACGACCAAGUUCGCUCUGCAAAGGCCACUAUAGCCAAGGAGGAAGCCGAGUUCAAGUCGAAAAAGGAGCGCCACUUGAGUCGGUAUCAGCCGCCACGACCAUCAUCUGACAAGGGAAAAGAUGGGAUCGGAAGAUUGGAAACCGCGGGUGUAGGGAAGCACGGCGAGGAGCGGCGCGAACAGGAGCCGGAUAAGAAGGAUGAAGACAAGUCGGUGCAUCAUCAUGAUCCACACGAUGAGUCGGGGGAUGUGGUGGUGGAGGCUGACGAGGACACAGUUAUUUAUUAG